AUGCUUGAAAACAAUUUACCCAUCCGGAGCAUGGGAAUUAUUGAUAAAUUCCCCCGAAUAGAUAGAACGAAUAUGUCCUUCCUGUAUUUUAAACUGCUAAUAUUUAUUUUUCUUCUCUGGAAUUUUUCAAACUGCACUGAUAGUUCAUGUAAUAAUUCAUAUGAUGAAGAACAUUGCGAUCUCAGCGUCCGCGGUGGUGAGAAGUUUAGAGUUCUAACCGAGUAUGAUAGUUACUAUAGGGGAGGUCAGUCAAGUCUAUAUUCCUUAGAGGAUAUGGAAGAUGACCAAAGGGAAGAACACAUACGAGAAUUGAUAUCUUAUUAUAAUGUGUUUUUAAAUUAUUAUCCACGACUUAACACCAAGGACAAAAUCAUUAAAUUAAAGAAUCCUGAAUCCAUAGGAGAACACAAUUAUGCUUCUAAUGGAAAACAAAAUGUGUCAACGACUAAUUUAGUAGAGGAAAGAUCAUAUGAGUAUGAUGAAGUUGACAACGUCGAGGACGUGGAAGAAUAUGAUGAACUUGAAACUUUUAUUGAAAUUGAACUUUAUGAAGAACCAGAUGAUCUUCAUGAGUAUCUUGAUUUGGAUAUAGACAUUGACGAUAGAGAGCUAACGACACCUGAUGAUAUGGAUGAAGAUAUGGGUAUGUUUAAGCAGAAAUAUUUGGAGCUCAUGGACAAAAUUAUUUUAUAUAUUACAAAUUAUAAUUGGAAUAGUGAAUUAAUUUAUGAUUACUUUCUUCUAUUUACACCACUGAGUACAUUAAUAGCCAUUUUGCUUAGAUUUAAAUAUAUCCUCAGUAAAAUCAUAAAUUUAAUGGAGUUCUUUUUAGUGAAUAAUAUAUUGCAAGAAUAUUAUACCCUAAGAAGUUACCCAAUUAAAUAA